AAUUACCUCUCAUCACCCCGGGCUUUGAAAAAUACCGAUAAACACAGGUCGUAUUACUGAAACAAACACUCGGUCAUGUUGCGCACCUGCCAAACCUCCGCUCCCGGACCGGACUGUUAAAGAAAAGAAAGGCAACUUUUGGAAGAAGUUGCCAUCCGAUCGGUUGUUUAAGUUGGGGGGGGGCAAACCAAGUCCCUCCACACAGUAGAAUCAUCUUUUUUCUUCACAUUUUUUAUCCUUGAUAGGAAGGCGAAACGGCGACUUCAGUUGAUUAUCUGUCUUUCCUUUGCUAUCCAAUGGAUAUUCACUGCAAAGCAGACCCCUUUACAGCGAUGCACCCAGGGCACGGAGGUGUGAACCAGCUCGGCGGGGUGUUUGUGAACGGCAGACCCCUCCCCGACGUGGUGAGGCAGAGGAUAGUGGAGCUGGCCCACCAGGGCGUCCGGCCCUGCGACAUCUCCAGACAGCUGCGGGUCAGCCACGGCUGCGUCAGCAAGAUCCUGGGCAGAUACUACGAGACUGGCAGUAUAAAACCAGGAGUGAUUGGGGGGUCUAAACCAAAAGUGGCCACUCCAAAGGUUGUGGAUAAAAUAGCAGACUACAAGAGACAAAACCCCACCAUGUUCGCCUGGGAGAUCAGAGACAGGCUGCUGGCAGAGGGCGUCUGCGACAACGACACUGUUCCCAGCGUCUCAUCAAUUAACAGGAUCAUCCGAACAAAAGUCCAGCAGCCUUUCCAUCCAUCUCCAGAUGGGACGUCCCUGUCAACGCCGGGCCACACUAUCGUACCAAGCACAGCCUCUCCGCCUGUGACAAGCGCCUCCAACGACCCGGUUGGAUCCUACUCCAUCAAUGGAAUUCUGGGUAUCCCACGAUCAAAUGGUGAAAAGAGGAAAAGAGAUGACGUAGAGUAUUAUACGCACAAUGAUAAAGGCCAGCUUUCAGGGUCAGUAUCUCGAUUGUUGCUCUUUCUUCUUGUAGAUGGUUCAGAUGGUUCUGGCCCAAACAGUGAUUCUCAGGGUAGUGUGGAGAGUUUACGGAAACACCUGAGGGCAGAUGCCUUCACUCAGCAGCAGCUGGAAGCUUUGGACCGGGUCUUUGAGCGCCCAUCGUACCCUGACGUCUUCCCAACAUCGGAGCAUAUCAAACCAGAACAGACUAAUGAGUACUCGCUCCCUGCCCUGAAUUCCGGCCUGGACGAAGUCAAGCCCAGUUUAUCCUCUAGCGCCAACCCAGACCUGGGCCCCAGCGUGUCGCAAAGCUACCCUGUAGUUUCUGGUCGAGAUAUGGCCAACACAACCUUACCUGGGUAUCCCCCUCACGUUCCCCCUACAGGCCAGGGCAGCUACCCAACUUCCACGCUCGCUGGAAUGGUUCCUGGGAGCGAGUUUUCGGGGAACCCCUACAGUCAUCCGCAGUACACAACCUACAAUGAAGCAUGGCGAUUCAGCAACCCAGCAUUACUAAUGCCGCAUCGAGAGGCUCCGCCCCUCCCACUGCUGCCACUGCCUAUGACCGUCACUAGUUACCAUGGAAACCAAAUCAACCUGCAGGACCAUGGCCUCAGCCUCCAUAUUGCCCCGGUGUGAGCGGCAUGGUCCACUGGACACUGAGCAACUGCACAUAAAAUGUUCCCAACCCACACAAUGAAAAACUAAUGGUUUGGGGAUUCCAGACGACUUCUCUCCUCCAAGUUUUGGACAUUCAGAGUCAAACUCCAGCUCUUCAAAUCCACAAGACUCGCUGUAUUAUCAGAGACACUGAAAGAUGCUAUACACAAUAUUUCUGUGGUAACUGCAGUGGUUAAAAAAGAAGAAAAAAAAAGAAAAUGAAAGAAAACAAAGUAUCAAAAUAUCCAGAAAUUCAUUUCUCCCUGUAGCAGCGUACAA